CACGCACGCGCCCGCGCACUUCUCGGUGUUCACGUUGUUACUUGUUAAUAUUAUUAUUAUUCGUCUCGCAGCGUCGUCAUUGUCGCCCGGCGCCGCCGAGGUUUACUCGUCCCGUACAGCAUCCGUUGGCCCGACGCCGCCACAGCAGUCGCAACCGCCGAAGUAUCAUCAGAGUAAUACGCGUCUCUGUUUUCGUCGCAACACACGACGAUCCGACAGCUGUUUAGUCGCCGCAGUCCUUGCCCGACUUGUCCGAGUCUCGUCAGCGGUUAUGCUUCGGUUCACCGCCGCAGGAUCAAUGUCGACGGACCGUCGCCAAAUGUCGUCUUGAGACCCUCAGUGAAAUUAUUAUGGACAAACGUCAGAAAAACAAUUAUUCACCAAGUGCACAUGAUAACACAAGUCCAGAAAAAAAGAAUGAAAAAUUAUUAUCAAACAUUGGUUAUGGAAAAAUUUUAGUUAAAACAGAAUCAAACAUUAUGAACAAUAGAGUUUCAGAUUCAAUGAACUCGAUUAAACCAGCUGUGCUGACUGAUCAAGAUAUUAAUAAUUACAUAUUAAAUUGUGUAUCAAAUUUAAAAGUUAGUGAUCAUCCAAAAUCUCCAACACAUUCCAAAUUAUUUCCAUUCAAAUCAAUGGAUUACUCUAACUCAACAGAUAGAUUACAAAGUAAUAAUUCUAUAGACAGUAUGAACGGUACUAAUAAUCUGUAUUCACAUUCCAAUAUCGAUCAAAGUAAAUAUCCUAGAAGCAAUAUGACAUUAAAACCUUCAUUAUCAAGUCCACCACCUUACUGCACAUCAAUAGGAAAUCGAGAUUCACCAAGUCCUCGUGCUAGUAUCGGAUCUAUUAGUCAUGAAUUGAAAUCUUCACCAUUAUAUGAGAAUGUUGAUUUUUAUAAUGGUGGUCGUUCAUCAACUCAAACUCCUACAUAUUACCAUCAAAGACCUAGACCAGGUUCACAUUCCAGUGGCGGAUCUCAGGACUCUAGACAUUCCAGUCCCAGAACUAGCAUAGUUUCUUGUGAAGGUUCUUCAGCACUAUAUGAAUCAAAUUACCGUAAAGCCCAACCUCAAGUUCCAGUCAGCUACCCCAAAUACAUUCCACCUAUGGGAAAAGAAGUCCCACCUUAUGAAGCACCGCCAGUUUAUGAAACUUUAUCUGAUACUAAUAAAAAUUCAAAUUGUUAUGAGCCUGCUAAACCCGGUCCACAAGUACCUACACAAUCUAUUGAUCAUAUUAGUCGAUAUCCUGCUCAACAUGCUACUCCAUACAUAAAACCAAUACCUACUAUAGUUCCACAAGCAAUAAAAGCGUUGUCAGAAUAUGCGUCACAAACAAAUCCUCAUAGCAUGAGAUCAUAUAAUUCUGCUAAUAAUGUAAGCUAUUCUCAAGAUCCAGUAUCGCCAAAAUCAACAUCAGUAGCAUCACAAAUGUGUGUAGUAGGGCAACCAGCACUUGCCGAAUCUAGAUCUCAAAAACAACAUAAUUCCAUGCCUAAAAUUUUUCAAACAGCAUCAGCAUAUCAACAGGAGUCACCAAUACAUAAUAAUAAAUUAACACGGACUUCACCAACACCUCCUCUACCUAUUAAAAUUAAACAACCAGCUAAAAACCUUCUUCCAUAUAAUGUUACACCACCUCGACCAAUGGGACCAACAGAAGCAGAAAAGAAAAUUGAAGAACUAACUAGGCAGUUAGAAGAACAGAUGGAAACUCAAGAAGUUGCUGUUGGUGGAGAAUAUUUUGGAAUAUGCCAUACUUGUGGUAAUAAAGUGACUGGUGCUGGCCAGGCUUGUCAAGCAAUGGGAAACUUGUAUCAUACAAAUUGUUUCAUAUGUUGUGCUUGUGGUCGUGCACUUCGGGGUAAAGCUUUUUAUAAUGUUUAUGGAAGAGUAUACUGUGAAGAAGAUUAUAUGUAUAUAGGUUUUCAACAAACUGCUGAGAAAUGUUCGAUAUGUGGACAUUUAAUAAUGGAAAUGAUUUUACAAGCUAUGGGAAAGUCAUUUCAUCCUGGUUGUUUUCGAUGCUGCGUGUGCAAUGGUUGUUUGGAUGGAAUACCAUUUACAGUGGAUAUUGAUAAUAAAAUUUACUGUGUUGCUGAUUACCAUAGGAAAUAUGCUCCUAAGUGUGCGUCAUGUGGAAAAGGAAUUACACCAGUUGAAGGUACUGAGGAAACUGUAAGAGUUGUAUCAAUGGAUAAAGAUUUUCACGUUGAUUGCUUUAUUUGCGAGGAAUGUGGAAUGCAAUUAACGGAUGAGCCUGAUAAAAGAUGUUAUCCAUUAGAUUCUCACUUAUUAUGCAGAUCAUGUCAUAUAUCACAUUUAAAUGAAAAUACACCUGAAUUAGAGAGUGUUUCUGCUACAUAUGAAUACUUAGAUUGAAGAUUUGAAUAAUCGACUAUCAACACAAAAUAUCGAUUAUUUAAGGCUGGUUAUCAACUUAGGACAAAUUAAAAUUAAAUAUUUAUAAUUUUAUUUAAUUAAAACUGUUAAUAAAUUAAAGAUAUUUUAAAUAAAUAAAACUUUUAACAAAUACUAACUAAAAUAACAAUAUACUAGAGAGACCGAUAGAGAACAUGACAAAGUUUAAAUAUGUAUAAUAUAACAGUAUGUUUUUAGUAAAUUAACUAAAUUUAAUUUGGAAUAUUUAAUAGAAUAUAUUUUUUUUAAUUAUAAAAAAAAAAAAUACUGCAUCCUAUAAAUCCAAAUAUUUCUAAGGUUUUUCUAUUUAUUGGAAAAAAUUAAUGAUGUACAUUUUCAGAUUUUAUUUAUCGAAACUUUAAUAUUUCAUUAUAGUUUGUACUCUUUCUAUUAUGAUUGUGAUUUAUCUGUUUCCGUUAUUCCUUAAAAUAAAAUAAAAUUUUUUAUUUCAAGUACUUCCUAAAUUGUAUACAUUUUAUGCUAAAUACUAAAUUACUAUUUUAUUUUAUUUUUUUUAUUAAUUUAGUCAACACAAAUAAAUAUAAUCAAGUAAACUUUAAUUUUAGUAACUUUUUAAAUGCUUACAAAUAAUGCAAUGGUGUUUGUAAAUACUUUUUUUUAUAACGCAUAUCAUUGCUUUGUUCAAUUUUGUGUAUAUUAAUUAUUAAUUGAGUUUUUGUAUACUAUUAUUUUUCCUAUUUUUAUUGGCAUAAUAUAUAUCUUACCAUUUAUUGGUACUGGUCUAAUUUAAUGUGUAUUAUAAUUUUAUAAUUAAUUAAAUUUAUUUUAGAUAAUUUUGUAUGUAAUAAAAAAAAAGAUAAAAGUUAAACAUGUAUAUAUUUAUCUAAAUAAGAUUUUUGUAGGUUUUUAUUUUCUAAUGAACUCAUAACAAAGUUUUAUGUCCUGUUAUAUUUUAUUCUGAUAGAGAAAUUCAAACAUAUUAACCAUUUUAUUAUUUUCUAUCAUUUAGCCACUUAAAAUAAAUACUUGUAUUAUUUAAUAAUUUCUCAUUUUAUAACUAAACAUAUUUUAAAGAACCUAUCUUAAUUUUAAACUCCAUUUGCUAUUUAAAUUCUCCACUGAUAUAGUUUAUUAGUUAAAAUCAUUUGUACAAUUCAGAUAUUGGGUAGAUGGUAAAUUGAACCAAUUCAAUAAAUAGUUUAAAAUAUGUUAUAAAUCUUUGAGCAAUGUUUUGUAAUUACAAUUAUUUUUUUGUUAAUAUUUAAUGUUUUAAACAUGUUUCUAAUUUUAAUUUAUACUCAGUAUUUUAAACACAAACUACGCUUAUUGUUUUAAAUUUUAGAUUUGUUUCAUUAUCUGUUUUUAAAUGUAUCGCCAUUAUCAUAGUAACUUUUUUACAUUAUAAAUUUAUAAACUCUGUUUUUGUUAUUUAUCAUUGUUUUAUACGCAACUGUAAAUAUCAUGUAAAUCAUAAUAUUAUUGUAAUAUUUUCAGGUUGUGAUAGUUGUAAUUUAAGUAUACCUUAAUUAUAGUAGUUGUAUUAAUUUGUAUUAUUCUAUAGUAGACAUUAAUAUUGAUUACCAAAUUAUAAUUUUUUUUUUUUUUAAUUUAGAUUUAAAUUUUUGACAGUAGUUAAAAUGUUUAAUAUUAUUAUGUAUGAUUAACUGUUAAAUAAUAAUAAUAAUAAUAAUAAUAUAUAGUUGAUUAAGUUAAAUAUUGGUUACAUUUAUAGAAUCAUGAUGGUAAUUUAAAACAUCUGUUUCUGGAAGUGGGUCCACUACAAAUAUAUAGUUUGAACUAAUAAUGCUACUCUUACCCUGGAUACAUCUUUUUUAGUUAUUUUCUCCAUCCUUGCAGAAACUUGUCUCAUUUAAUUUUUAAUUGUUUUAUAAUAUAUCUGUGGCAUUCUUAAAAUUAAUUGAUUCUUAAUACAUAAUGUACAUAAUGUAUCAAUCAAAUAUAUUCAUACAAAUUUAA